AUGUUAUUUAAAAUUACAACAUCAAUAAUAAUAUUAUUAUUUUUAUUGACAUUUGAUACGUGUCUACUGUAUUUUUCAGUAUCACAACCCUUGUAUAAAGCAGACUAUAAUUUUUAUAAUUUUUCAAAAAGUUCAUACACUAGAAAACAAUCUUAUUUAUUUCACACCGAAUAUAUUUCUCUAGCUGAGAAUAUUCCAAUAACUUCAAAUCAAUACAUUUACAAUGCAAGUUUUUAUUAUUAUCCAAAUCAUAACACAGUUGGUUCAAUUCUAAGUUAUAGUUAUAAAUUCACAGUGUCGGCAUUAGUUUCCAAAGUAAUUCCAAUUUUCCUAUUAAUCGCUUACAUGAAUCAUGUAGGAAAAAGGUUUUUAAAUAAUGACUUUAAUCAAAUUUAUGACGAAGAAGAACAAAUGAUAAAUGAUGAAUAUAAUUUUAAUUUAAAUGAUUCUGAAGAAAAAGAAUUUCAAAAAAAACAACAAAAAAAGUUACGACAACAACAAUUAUUUUAUCAAUUUCAAUUACAUCAUCAACAACAAUUACAAAAACAACAACAACAACAUCAACAACAACAUGUAAAUAAUAAAAAUAAUAAAAAUACAAUUGAUAAUAAUAACAAUAAUAAUAAUAAUAAUAAUAAUAAUAAUAAUAAUAAUAAUAAUAAUAAUAAUAAUAUAGAAAUUAAAAAAUAUAAUGUUAAAAGGGAAAAUAGUACAAUAAUUGCUAUACUUUUAUUAUUUUUUAAUAUUUUACCAUUUGUAUUCAUAUGUGUUGCAAUAUUUUAUCCAUUGUCUUUAAACAAUGCAUUUAAAAGCGAACCAUAUAUUCAAUCAAUAUGUAUAAAAAAUAAUACAAAUGACUAUUAUGGACUUUGUACUACAUUCUCUGGUUUUUUGUUUGUAACAGAACCAAAUGGUGAUAGAAUCGAAUAUAUUUGGAGACCAACAUUGGCAUGGUAUAGUUUAGUAAUAUCAAUUAUAUUAGAAGUUGCUACUGUUUGUAUCACUGUAAAAUCAUUAAUACUGGAUAGAAGGAAUGACUCCAUAAAAACUUUACUAUGUGGCCAUUCAAAAUCCAAUAAUAAAAAUAAAAAUAAAGAUAAAAAUAUUAAUAAUAAUAAUGAUAAUAAUAAUAAUCAAAAAUUAAAACAAACUGGAAUUACCAAUGGAAAUAAUAUUAAUAAUAAUAUUACAAAUAUAAAUACAAACAAUAUAAAUAACAAUAACAAUACUAAUACCAUUUCCAAUAAUACCACUGCAACCCAAAAUAUAAAUUCAACUGGUAUUAAUACUAAUAAUAAUAAUGAUGAUAAUAAUAAUAUUAUAAAUAAUAAUAAUAAUAAUAAUAAUAAUAAUAAUAAUAAUAAUAAUAAUAAUAAUAAUAAUGAUAAUAUAAUAACACCUGAAACAACGCCUGAAACAACGCCAAACCUUUCAUCUCAAGAUCAACCAUUACAACCACUCUUUUAUGUAAAAUCAAAUAUUGAAAUUAAAUCUAAAGAUUAA